CACUGCAAUUCACUAGAUUUCUUUAUAUAUAUUUUUGAAUAAAAUUUGAUUUUUGUUUGUCUGUUCUACUCUUUCUCCUUGUGUGAAUAUUAGUUGUGUGCGCUUGUGUGUUUCAUUUUUAAUUUUUGAAGAAUGUUGAGGUCUAUAACAGGAAGGCCUGGUCCAAGUGGUUUUGGGUCAGCUUCCACUGCUGAGCAAGUUACCCAUGGCAUUGAUGGAUCCAAUCUCACAGCCAUAGUCACAGGAGGCGCGAGUGGCAUUGGUUUGGAGACAGCAAGAGUUUUAGCUAUGAGGAGUGUACAUGUUAUAAUUGCAGCAAGAAAUAUGGAGGCCGCGAAUGAGGCUAAACAGCAUAUUAUCAAGGAAAACAAAGCUGCUCGUGUCGAUGUUGAGAAGCUUGACUUGAGCUCAAUUAGAUCUGUCAGGGCAUUUGCUGAUAAUUUCAAAGCAUUUGAUCUUCCUCUCAACAUCUUAAUAAACAAUGCAGGUAUUAUGUUCUGUCCAUUUCAGCUUUCAGAAGACGGCAUAGAGAUGCAAUUCGCGACAAAUCAUCUAGGUCACUUCUACUUGACAAAUCUUCUUCUAGACAAAAUGAAGGAAACAGCAAAAUCUACUGGUAUUGAAGGUAGAAUUGUGAACUUAUCAUCAGUAGCUCACAUAUGCCCUUAUAAAGGAGGAAUAAGAUUUCACAAGAUCAAUAAAAAGAACAGUUAUCAAAACAAACUAGCAUAUGGACAAUCCAAAUUAGCCAACAUAUUACAUGCCAAUGAACUUUCGCGUCGCUUGCAGGAAGAGGGAGCAAAUAUAACUGUCAACUCAGUGCAUCCAGGACUAAUAAUGACUCCCCUCAUGAGGCAUUCUGCUCUUUUGAUGAGAAUCUUUAGGGCUUUCACUUGUAUCCUAUGGAAGAAUGUCCCUCAGGGGGCAGCUACAACUUGUUAUGUUGCACUUCAUUCAAGUUUAAAAGGGGUGACUGGAAAGUACUACUUUGAUUGCAAUGAGCACAAGCCAAGCAAGCUAGCACGAGACGAAGCCUUAGCAAAAAACCUUUGGGAUUUCAGCAACAAUUUGGUUAAUGCAUCUCUAAAGACUUGAUAAGAAAAUGCAGUUAUUGAGAAAGAAAAAAAAAACUUAUUUCAUUCACAUUUUAUGAAAAAGUUGUUAGAAGUUUGUUGAGUUUGAAGCUUUGUUAGUUCUUCUUCCAAUAUAUGAGUGUUUGUCUCUCUGUCUCAA